CAGGUGCCCCCGGGCACCACGUUGGCGACCCCCGCCAUAGAUCAAGUCAAACAAUUACUAACUGUCAAAUUCUUAGACUAGUCCGUGAACACACCACGAUUCCAGUCAGACCAGAUCCAACUCUCAGACUCUGAGACCCUGUGAAGGUGAGUCAGUGAAACUGAUCUGGAAUCUGCUUAAAAACUAAACCUGGGUUUAUGUCAACCUGUACCUCCACCGGCAGGAAAAACACAAUCUGAAACGGACCAAAAGCUAUCAGCAGAAAAAAAGAUCGAAUUUUAGGUCCUGAUGUCUUCAGGAAUAGUCACCAGGUUUGACCGGGUGCGUGAGACACCAAUCUAUGACCAGGUCCCUGCCGACUACUCAGAUUUUCCGCUGCCUCCUCCAUCUUUGCACGGAUCAGUACGAACUGUUAGCCUAGACCCUCUUCCUCCUCCGCCUCUUCCUGUUCAGCCAGCCAUUGGUCCUGAUUCCUUCUAUCCUCCUAGUGAUGACGAGCCUGUCCUUGCUGACUGCGACGCCAUGGAUAUCAAGCCUGUGCACCGCUUCAUCCCUGACUCAGUCAAGAACUUCUUUCGUGUUAACAGUAGUAAGCGAAGCAGUAACGUAUGGUCACUCCCUCCUUCUUCAGAACCUCCACCUGCCCCUCACUCACCAGCCCCAUCGUCUAAGAAGAGUGCCAAAAGCCACACUACACCUGGAGUCCCAUGUUCACCUCCACACUCUGCCCCUCCGUCUCCAUCAAUGCCUCGUCCCUACUGGGACCACAACGGUGUUAACAAAGAGCACGAUGGACUUCUCCUUGGAGCUGAAGCAAUCACCUCAGUGUCUGAGGUUCCCAGCAAUAUCUCCUCCCAGACCUACCAGGAACGAGUAGAGGAAUACCACCUGCGCUAUGCCUACAUGAAGUCCUGGGCUGGUCUGCUGAGAAUCUUAGGAUGUGUGCAGUUGCUGCUCGGUGCAGCUGUGUUUGCCUGCGUCUGUGCAUACGUUCACAAAGACAAUGAGUGGUUCAAUAUGUAUGGAUACACUGGUCCACAGAUGUAUGGAGGCCUGGGUGGACUUGGAGGUGGUUACCAAUACACGGGCCCUAAAACCCCAUUUGUUCUGGUAGUAGCUGGUGUGGCUUGGAUCGUGACUGUGAUUUUAGUCGUUCUGGGUAUGUCCAUGUACUAUAGGGCCAUUCUUCUAGACUCUUCCUGGUGGCCACUCACAGAGUGUUCCAUCAACCUGGUUCUGGGUGUGCUCUUCAUCGCGGCAGGAGUUGUGUACGUGAGGGAUACAACUAGAGGAGGACUGUGCAACAUUCCAGUCUUCAACAACGGCGUGAAUGGAGCCUUCUGUCGUACUGAGGCAGGUCAGACAGCAGCCAUUGUCUUCCUCUUCCUCAACAUGGCUCUUUACUUUGUAAGUGCAGGGGUUUGUCUGAAGCUGUGGAGGCAUGAGGCAGCCAGAAUGAGAAGGGAGGCACUGGCAUCAGAGAUGAAGACAACAGUGUCAUCAGUGCCUCUGUCUAUACUCGGUCCAGCCUCUAGAACCUCAGAAGCUACCACCCUUCCCACUGGCCAUCCAGAUAUCAUGGAUGCUCCCAACAGUGUCACAGGUAGCUCGGUGAAGAUGCUCCAUCCAGAGAUUCUCCAAGGUCACAUUCCAGCUGGACACAUCCCCAAACCUGUUAUUAUAGCGGACUAUGUGGCUAAAUAUCCUAGCAUCCACUGUGAUGAGGAGAGGGACCAGUACAAGGCUGUCUUUAACGACCAGUACGCUGAAUAUAAGGAGCUGCAUGCAGAGGUACAGGCCAUGGCUGCAAAGUUUGAAGAAAUGGACAUGAUGAUGACUAACCUGUCUGCUCGGCCGUCCAGUCAGAUGGAGAGGGAACGAAUUGACAGCAUUCUAAUGGAAUAUCAAAGGAAGAAAAAUGACCCAACGUAUCUGGAGAAAAGGGAGCGGUGUGAGUACCUGAAGAACAAACUGUCUCAUAUCAAACUGAAGAUUCAGGAGUACAACAGUGUAAAUGGAUGGAAAGAGGACAGAUAACCGCAACACAAAUACUGCAGUUUUAGCCUGCACUGGCAUUAGUGAAGCUGGAGCUCCCAUCAGUGAGCAUCUAAAAGAGAAAUGUGUGUAUCUGCAAUAAAAGCUGAGAGGUCCUUGUUUGUGUUUUGUGACAGAAGGAGAAACACUGUCAUUAGAGAUGAAGAUUGUCUUAAAGGAUAGAAAAGGUCCAAUGUGGUAUCAAGAAAUAGGGUUCACUGUAUUAUGUCCCUUUCCAUUGCAGUCAUGAGCUACUAAGUGGAAAGACCAGGAAGGAACUGAAAUGACUUUGCUCAAUUUGUUAGCUUGUGCUUCCAAUGUGGUGAAAAGUCUUUGACAAUUCUGCAAAUUGGUUCAUGUAAAGGGGCAGAAAUUUGCUAUUGUCUGGAGACGGAACAGAGGUUUCCAGCUGUGUGGUCAGUGAUCGUUGGACUAAAGUCCGUUGCUUAAAGCCAAAAGUCCUUAUUAAAAAAACUUAGUUUUAGUGAUCAUUGUCUUUUAAAUUUAUAUGUAAAAGUAACAUGAUUUGUUUUAGACCAAUCAGGGGUGUUUGUGGUGCAGAAAUAGUCCAUGAACAUAGAUACAUGUUUCUUGUACUAUUCCUCCUGUCUUAAAACUAUUCUGAUUUCUUCUGACAGUAAACUUACUUUUUACCACACCAGGUCCACAGAGGCAUUGUAUGAUAUAACAUAAGGGACUGUUGAAUUGUUUGAUAGAUAUCUGUCCC